GUGAAAUCAAAUGGUUUUUUUCUUUGUGUAAGGUUUCCUGUUUAAUGUGUGAUUUACCUUUUAUGUUUUGGGAUAUAAGAAAAAACACAAUUUAUACAAACUUCUGAAAUAUUUUGAUAUGUUUUCACACUUUUGAAUGCGCUAGAAGUACCAAAGAACAUGUAAAUAGAUGUCAAAUACUGUAAGCUGCUAAGUGCCUGUAAAAAAGAAAACCCGGAACAGAUGCUUUCAUUAUAAAAAAAAAAAACAGUCAAUAGAGGAAGUGAGAGGGUGUUGCAGGCAUACUAUAGCCAGCAAGUUGAAGGAGAAAACCGUAUCAUCUUCAUCAACUAUUAAAGAUGAAGUUCUCUGGCUUGCACAAUUGGCCAUGCAAAUUUUACAAGAUUUUAGUUGAACUGUGAAAACUUCCUUUAUUUUUUUCUCACUCUUACUUUAUGAAGGAUGGUAAGUGCUAUGGACUGAUGUAAGUGAAUCUUCUGAGUUAUUGAGAUUUAGUGCCACAUGAAAAUGACGGCUCUGGCAGUUGGGUGGUUGGUAUUUCUGGCUCUGAUAACAAGUAGGAAUUUUCUUGUCUCUCGUCAUGCCCCUUCACACUAGAAGAGAAUAACCUGACAGCCAUGGAGGGUUCCUGCAUUGAAAUCAAAUGCACAGUCACACGUUAUGUUGAUGUUAAAGAUGCACACUGGUUUUGGAUAAAGAAUCCAACUUGGCAUGACAUGGUUUUGACUGGCACUGUUAUUUACAGCACAGAUGAAUCAGUGCGUCGUGUCAAUUCAGACUUCGCAGCUAGAGUUAAAUAUACCGGCUCACCUCCAGAUUUAAGUUGGAACAAUGCUCUUCAACCAGAGCUGUGCAGUAUUUUAAUCUGCAACCUAAACAAAACUGACAGUGGAGAUUAUGCUUUCAGAUUUGUAGGAAAAGAAAAAUGGAUAACUAAACCAGCGGUGAUCCUCACAGUUACAGAAAAUCCAUGCCCGAUCACUUUUGAGAAACCAGCAGCUGUGAAAGAAUCGGGCAUGUUAACACUCACAUGCUCCACUUCAAGUUCAUGUCCUUCAGAGCUACAAAUUGGAGGUUUGACGGAACAGUCCCUAACGCCUCCACUAAGAAACAAUGAAAAAGAGAAAAGCACCACCGUCAAUCUAACAGUCAGCUGGAAGGACGAUGGGAAGGAGUUUUCAUGCAAAACACAUGAUAACAAAGACAAAUAUUUGAUUCAAAAUAUCAGUGUAACUGUUGAAUAUGCUCCCAAAGACACCUUGGCUGAAACAAGCUCUCAAAUAGUUAAGAAAGGACAAUCUGUAACUCUCACUUGCUCCGCCAAAGGAAAUCCUGCCCCCACCUUUACCUGGUUUAAAAAUAAACAACACGCUGGGGAAACAGGGGCAGAAUGGAUAAUCACAUCAAUUGAGGAGUCACAGGAUGGAGAAUACCAUUGUGAAGCUACAAACAAACAUGGGAUAACGCCAUCAAACCCAGUCACUAUUAAUGUCCAAUAUCUUCCCGAAGUUGAGGUGAAUUCCUCUGCUUCUGUAGUUAAACAAGGGGAAACAAUAACUUUGACAUGUAUCGUGAAAAGAAGCAAACCACCACCUGGCACCUACUCUUGGUUUAAAGAUGGAAAAGCUGUUUGUCAGGAACAAACAUAUGUUGUUAAAAGAAUCCAGCCUGAGAACAGUGGCUUGUACACAUGUAGUGCCACCAACACUGUGGGUACUGGAAAAUCAGGGUCACUUCAAAUUAAAGUUGAAUAUGCCCCAAGGAAGACAUCCAUCAGUCCUGUUGUUACAGUGAAAGUUGGUAGCUCCCUUCAAUUUACUUGUAUCACUGAUGCCAACCCUGCACCGUCGAGUUACUCCUGGUACCGUUACAACAUAAAGAAACAGAUUGACUCCUCAAAGUGGUCGUCCAAGAAUUCUAAAGAAAACGUGCUAUAUUUGGCCAAAGUAGAGAGAGCCGAUGAAGCAUGUUACAUUUGCAACGCCACCAACAAGAUCAAUACUGGAGACAACAGUGAGCCAGUGUGCAUACAAGUACACUAUCCUCCAACUGACCCCACGCUGGCUAUGAAUACUGAGCUCAAUGAAGAUCAGCUCAUCACCAUCAACUGUACUGUUGAAAGCUUCCCACCAUCAACACUCGCCUUGACAAGGACUUCCAAAUCAAAACCUCAGUCCAAAGAAUGUUUUUUCCCUCAACCUUGGCCUUCUAACACUCUUCACCACAAAUUCAAUGUGACUUCCACUCACGCAGGAGUUUACACCUGCAUGGCGACAAACAGCGAAGGUUCAAAGACAAGCAGACCAAAAACAUUGGUGGUAAAAUAUCGUCCCAAAAACGUGACUUUAAAAGCUGAGCCUGCUCUCGUUGUGAAUGAAAACAAGUCGUUGACGUUACGUUGCAUUGCCCAGUCCCACCCACCAGUGACCUCCAUCACCUGGAUGAAGAUGAAUGAUGGGAAGAGUGAAAUCCUCCGGAAAGGCCAGACUUUCAUUCUGACUUCAGUCAGGCCUUCUGACAGCGGGCUGUACAGCUGUGCAGCCAGUAAUGAUAUUGGAACUGGAAACUCACAGAAGGCUGAGGUCAAAGUCAAGUAUGCUCCAAAACACACCAAUAUCACGAGAGCACCAGAGCAGCAGGAGCCUGACGGAACGAGAUUUGUCGAGCUGAGCUGCAGUAGUCACAGCUAUCCCCCAGUCACGCAAUAUUCAUGGUACAAGAUAAAGGCUGAGGAAGGGGAUGAGAAAGUGUCUGACCGUCAGAGCUACACAGUACAUUCAAACCAGCCAGGAGGCUACUACUGCAUCGCCAAAAAUGAAAUAAAUCAAAGAAAGUCUGACCCAGUUCAUCUGUUUGACCGAACAUUGACAAAGGCCCUGUACAUCUUUCUUUUUCUUUUUAUCCUUUUCAUAAUCAUUGCAAUUGUCGUAUUCUACAGGAAGAAGAAAUCAAUUCAACAAGGAACUACAAACACAGCGACCGGUUUUGGUUUUCUGGGUUGGUGGAAUGACGCCAGGAGGAGAAAUCGAAUGAACGACCACUGUAUGGCAGGACCUUUUAGGAGCAGAGAUGACCUCUUGUCAGACCAGCCACGCCAUCCAAAUGGCCAACGAUGCCAGCCUCGUCCAGACAGGACCCCUGCCUCCAACAUCAGCAGUGUUUACUGUCUUGUGAAUCCGCCCUCCGGAAAACAAGGUCCUUCUGCACAAAAGCCAAUCAGAAAGCAAGGUGGACACACACAGGAUGAUUCUCUCAACUACGCUUCUUUACACUUUGGAAAUGAGCAAAAGCACAAUCCUACGAAAGUGGAAGAUGUGUAUUCUAUGGUGUCUAAGCAAAACCCACUUAAAAAGAAUGAUGAAAGGUUGGAGGACUACGAGAACGUCAGCGCAGCACCCACAGCCAAAUCUCAAAAUGCAUUAAACUCUGACUCUGACACAGACACCAGUGAGGAUGAAAUACAGAUCAAUUAUUCCCAUGUGAGCUUCAAGCCAAAUCCUGGACUUCAGAGAGCCGUCAGAGACUCUAGCUGCUCUGAUGAUGAGGGGAUACAGUACUCUGAAGUCAACAUCUGAGUUUAGAUACUCUUAUUCUUAUAGGUAUAGCCAACUCUUUAAUAGGGGUUUCAUCGCUGCAUUGUU